GUAACACUCAAUCCAUCAUUCCGAGGUCAACUCCUUUCGAUUCCAUGACAUCGAAACAACUCUGUAUGGAUCACCAAUGCCCUCAACAAUGUCAUAUAAUCUGGGCAUAACUCGACAACUUUCCUCCCAGUUCUCCUCCCCGACCUCGCCUCGUUUUGCGCGAUCCCCAUCCCCAUCCCCGACGACCAAUCCUACCUCUCUAGCUUCUCCUCACGAUGAUGUUACGGAAGACAACAAAUCCAUCCUUAUCGAACGACUCAAUGAUAUUGUGCAAAGGCUCAACCAGGAUAGUUCAGUCGACGAUGACACCGUAACGAAAAUCCAUAGGGAUGUGGACUACAUUGAGAGGUUGAUAAAGACGGGAGCAAGUCGCUCAAGACGUCCAAGUGUUAUCGGGCUUGGGAUCGAUGAUAUGAUUGACGGGAGAGACUACACGAAUCGAGAGGCCGUUUGGGAACCGGCGCCGAGUAUUGAGUUAAAAAAUCCAAAAAGGAGAGAACGAGCGAAAAGGGGGGAUGAUAUGAGUUCCAGUAUUGCCCAGAAAGUUGCUCAUGAAGCAGAGGGUCUUGCUAUUCAGUUGUCGAACAGCGUCUCAGAGUUGCAAAAGCGAAAGGAGGAAAGUGACGUGAGUUAUCAGACUCACUAGGUUUGGAAGCGACAGGACUAAUGAUUGCUUAGCGUAUCCACGAUAUCCUCCUCUCUCGACUCGAAAAUUCCAAGGAACGAAUUAUGUUUCUCGAAUACCGGAUCAGUGAGAUGGAAGAAGACUUUGACGCCAACCAAAGCGAGCUCCAAUUUCUUCGCAUCCAGCAAAAAGCCAUUGAAGUACAAUAUCCUAAAGAGGUCGAAGACGAGGAUUUAACACAAAGCAUUCAGAAUUGGAAGAUCGAUUGGGAGGAAGUCGAUCGGAAAAGUAAAGCUAGGAGGAAGAAAUUCUGUAUGAAAGUAACGAGACCCGAAGAAGAGACAGCUUCUGUCGCGGAAACCUCUGCAGUUUCAGUGUAUACUGGUGUUUGAUUAUUGUACAAACCAUGUACUGUUAGCGACGAUGGGAAAGGGGAGCUGGAACUCCUUUGCGCACAUGCACUUUUUGACUGGAUAUUGGGCGUGGCUCGGGCUAUUGGUAUUUGAGUAAUACC